AUGCAAUCUAUCACUGAGAAAACUAUUCUUACUUGGCGAUCUAUUCUUAAUAUUCCUGCUAAUGCUAACUGGGCACAGAACGGAGUGACUAUUGCUGGAGGUAACGGGCAAGGGGGUGCCACUAAUCAACUCAACCAGCUUCAGGGUCUCUUCUUUAAUGAUGAUCAAACAGUGGUUAUUGCUGACUGGGGGAAUCAUCGUAUCAUGCAAUGGAACAACGGUGAUACAAAGAAUGGACAAGUUGUUGCUGGUGGUAAAGGCGCAGGAAAUGGAUUGAAUCAAUUGAAUGGCCCAACUGAUGUAUUGAUUGACAAAGAGACGGAUAGUCUUAUUAUUUGUGAUUGGGGGAAUCAACGGGUUGUACGAUGGUCUCGCCGUAGUGACACAACACAAGGUGAAAUACUCAUCGAUCACAUCGCUUGCUAUGGAUUAGCAAUGGGUGAAGAGAGAAAUCUCUACGUCUCUGACAAUGGAAAACAAGAAGUAAGACGAUAUAAAUUGGGUGAGAAAAUUGGCACUCUCGUGGCUGGUGGUAAUGGGCAAGGUGCUGGACUCAAUCAACUCAACUAUCCGACAUUUCUCUUUGUCGAUCAACAACAGAAUGUCUACGUACCAGAGUGGAAAAAUCAUCGUGUAAUGAAAUGGAGUAAAGAUGCAACAGAAGGUAUUGUGAUCGCUGGAGGACAAGGCGCAGGGAGUGCUCUGACACAAUUAAAUGGUCCUCUCGGGCUCUUCGUCGAUACGGCGGGUACACUCUAUGUAGUAGAUGAGUUUAAUCAUCGUGUAAUGCGUUGGACUCAAGGAGCAAACCAAGGCACUGUAAUAGUGGGUGGAAAUGGUCCAGGAGCCGGAGCAAAUCAGUUGAACCUGCCCGUUGGUUUGUCUUUCGAUCAACAUGGUAAUUUCUAUGUUGCGGAGUACAUUAAUGGUCGUGUUCAACAAUUUUCUAUCCAAUAA